UAUUGCAUCUAAAAAUACAUUUAAGGCAUAAAUUCACAUUUAAUACCAUAAGAUUUUUAAAUCUAUUGUUAGAUAUCAAAUUCGAGCAUUGGAUUUGGAAAUAUGACAUUAUAACCCCCCUUCAUCUUCCCAAAUAUUAAUAACCGACUUCCCGUUCCCCCGCCACAUUAAAUUCAACGGCUACACACCUGCAAAUUCAAAUCUCAAAAACCAUCGCCAAGUGCUACACAAACUCAAACAAACACACACCCAAUUCCAUUUCCAAUUCUUCAAGGUUCCUUGUCAUUUAAUUUCUCAUUGAUUGCUUCAACUUCCGUUUCUUCACAUUCCGAUUCUCUCCUCCAUCGCCACUUCAAGUCUCUUCGUUGAGUCGUUUCACGAACAAGCCUUCAACAAUUCCCAGAAAUCAAUCUCUGAUUUCUGUUAAUACUCGCACAAGGUGUGUUUCUCAAAUCGACGAAGAAGAUGAAUGAUCUGAUGACGAAAUCGUUCAUAAGUUAUGUAGAUUUGAAGAAACAAGCCAAGAUCGACAUCAAUUCAGAACAAACGGAUCUCGAAAAAGGUACGCAAGAACCCAACAUCACUCCCUCCGAUGAAGCAUACCUUUCUAAAUUCUUCCAAGAAGUAGACGCAAUCAAAUCCAACAUGGAAGAAAUCACGAAUCUUCUCUUCGAUCUUCAAACUCUAAACGAAGAGACGAAAUCCACUCACAGUCGCAAAGUCCUCCGCGGAUUACGAGACAGAAUGGAAUCCGACAUGGUUUCUGUUCUUCGAAAAGCAAAUGCUGUCAAAACUCAUCUCGAAUCUCUCGACAAUUCCAACGAACUGAACAGAAAAUCUUCAUACAAAGAAAACAGCGCUGUGGAUCGAACUUGGGUUUCUGUAACAAACGGGUUACGAUCAAAACUCAAAGAACUGAUGAACGAUUUCCAAGCUUUGAGAGACAAGAUCGUUUCAGAUCAUAAAGAGUAUCUCAAGAAACGAUACUACAACGAAACUGGAGAAUACCCAAGUGAUGGAAUGAUGGAAACGAUGGUUUCUGGAAAUGGGAAAGUGUUUGAAGGAAAGAAGGAUUUGGUUAUGGAGAAUAAAGAGAGACAUGAAGCUGUGAUGGAUAUAAAGAGGAGUUUGAAUAGACUUCAUCAAGUUUUUCUUGAUAUGGCAAUUUUGGUGGAUGAACAAGGGGAGAAUUUGAAUGACAUUGAAGGGAAUGUAGCAAAAGCUGGAAGCUUUGUUAAUGGUGGAACAGAUAGCUUGUUUUAUGCGAAGCAGAUGAAGGAUAAACAUAACAAGAACUGGGUUUGCUUCAUUUGGUUUAUGGUGAUAAUUAUAUGUUUGGUUUGUGGCAUUGCUAUGUUAUCUUCUUUUUGAUAACGUGUUCAUGAAUCUUUAGGGUUCCUAAUGCUAUGUUAGGAUAUGAUUUGUUCUUUUGAUUUUUUGAGUUUUCUUAGCUCAAGAUUUAGACCUUAGGGUAUGAAUCUUUGUGAUAACGAAAAAGAUUUGACUUUAAUCGAAGUUCUUGAAUGAAUGUUUACU